GUGUUAGCAAGCAGUAAUUCAGCUGUGCAUCGUCAGGCGUCGUUUCGUUCUCAGUUUUCUUUUCCGUUUCGAAACGCGUACACAUCGUACCUAACAAAAUGGCCAAACGCACUAAGAAGGUUGGAAUCACCGGUAAAUAUGGUACCCGUUAUGGUGCUUCUCUCCGUAAAAUGGUCAAAAAGAUGGAAAUCACCCAGCACAGCAAAUACUCUUGCAGUUUCUGCGGAAAGGAUGCCAUGAAGCGUAGCGUUGUUGGCAUUUGGUCCUGCAAGAGGUGUAAGCGUGUAGUAGCUGGAGGUGCCUGGGUCUACUCGACCACUGCCGCCGCUUCCGUCAGGUCUGCAGUCAGGCGUCUUAAGGAACUCAAAGAACAAUAGACGUUUCGUUACUACAUAAUAAAUAUAAUUUAAUAAAAACGAAA